ACUAUAUAAAGCUUGGCUUUUCUUCGGUCAGCCAACAGUCGUUCGCCAAACCGCCGGAUAUCAUCUUUGCUCCAAGGAUAUAACAUAGACACACACACGAAAAAGCCCGCCAAAAUGUACAAGUUCAUCGUCCUCGUCUGCUCUGCCAUGCUCCUCAGCUAUGUCCUGGCACGUCCUCAGGAUCAGAGGGCAGCAGCUGCCCCAACCAGCACCACCACAGCGGCCACUAUCGUCAAGCAGGAUAAUGUGAACAAUGCCGAUGGCAGCUUCAAUAGCAGCUACGAGACCUCAAAUGGCAUUCGCGUGGAGAACAUCGGCUACCUGAAGAAGAUCAUUGUGCCAAAGACGGAGACUGCCGACGGACAGGUGAUCGAUGAGCACGAGGAACUGGUCCUGGUACAGACGGGAUCCUACAGCUACAGCGAUCCCGAUGGCAAUCUGAUCACCCUGCGCUACGUGGCCGACGAGAACGGAUUCCAGCCGGAGGGCGAUCAUCUGCCAGUGGCCCCGCAGUAAUACUAUCUCUUAGCUAUUGAAUAUAUUUCGCUAGAAAGUAUUAUGCACCUGCCUGAAUGCCAUACGAAAUUGAAAUGUCAACCUUCCGCGUAGUUAGUUUUAAGCAAACACACACUCCAAACUCACUCACUCACUGCAAAGACACCUAACAAAAAAAAAAUUAAAAAAAAAAACAGAGAAAUAAAUAUUGGAAACGAUAAUGAAAACGA